AGGUCAAAGGCAGUUUCAUCCCGCAAGAAGGCCUUACUUGUGAAGUCUGCUGGGACGCUCGCAUCAUCUAUCAGACGCAGCACGUUGACGUCUACCUUUCUGAGAACGCUUUUUGUUCGUGUCAAUCUUCAGAACAGCACACUGCCCACUGAGAAUCUACGUACAUCAACGAAUCCUAGACGUUUACGCCAAUUGCAAACUGCUGCACGACCAUUCCUGCGCAUUAAUCGUCAACCAUUGUUAACCACCACCCCUACAGCCACGAUCAAACAUAUUCACUCUUGUGCAUCUCUUCCAUCAUUUUAUUCUCUUCUGCAAGAGCACCGUGGUGUCUUGCAUUCUUCACCACAGAAAUGUGCCACCUGAGUCGCAAGGCACAACCAUUAUUUGAAGAAUUUGCCCACGACAAAAACUCGAAUAGUAGCCCUGUCGCCUUUGUGCAGGUGGAUCUCAACGCUUCGUAUGGUGCAGCGGCAAUUGGAAUCGAGUUUGGUAUCCGCGCCACCCCAACAUUUCUGUUCUUCGUAGGAGGAAUGAAGGUAUAUGAAAUACAAGGAUGCGACGUUCAACAACUGCGAAUGCAGCUUUCAAUGUUUUUACAUCCAGUUCAUCCACACUUAUCGUUGUCCUUUCCAGCUUUGGACUUGCUGGGGCUUAAAUCCAUUCUAUUCGAUAAGGUUCCUGAUCUUGCUGCUGUCUCAGCGAAGCUGAGGAGUUUCCUUGAUUCUGCUACAACCUGGUUCCAGCCUUUCGAUACCUCCCUAUCCAAAGCCGAUACCAUAGGGAUCCUCUUUGGGACCGUGAUUCCGUACGUCGAGGCGUUCACCACCUCGCGAUGCUUGCCUCCGCACCCUCUUUUUGAUCUUUGGCAUGACGCCACGACUUCUAUGUCGUGGAAUAUGCCAGAAGACCAACUAUUUCCACUGGUAGAUCUAUGGCGGAUAGCACUCCGCAACGAAAAGGUCUCCUCUUGGUGUGCCGAUCGUAAUGGUCUCGACAGCCCCCCUGUGCUGCUGUUGUCUAAGGCGUGCGAACGGUCUUCAAAAAAGUUUCUAUUGACACUCCUUCGUAUGCUCUCCAACGCACUCAGCAACAGGGCCUUGGGAUGGAAAAUUCUCUUAUCAGCGCACAACAAUCUCGCUGUCCUGCUGGAACAUACUUUGGUCCAUGAAGAUACCAAUGUUCGGAAAAGCGCGUCGAGCUUGGCUUUCAAUGCCUUUGGCGCGUCUGCAAGAGCUCAGAACAGAGAAUCUAUGCAAGGGCGACGAAGAAGGAGCUGAUCAUUUGGAGAUGGAAAUAUCGAUGACUCUGCUGAAUGCAGAAUGGGAAGCGUCGAUCGCAUGCGCGGUCCUUGCGGCUAUCGAACGCGAGAGCGAUGGUGACAUAGUCCACCGCCAGGUCGCGGCAUUGGGACUUAUUGUGCGUUUUUUCACCCUUCAUUGACCACUUGUUGCGACUUCUCGGAGCCUUGCACGCUCAAAGGAUCUUAAAGAAUAAGUUCAGAGGAAAUGGGGGGAAUUGGAAUAUGAAGGAAGCUGCCCGCGUGCUUUUGCAGGAAGUCGCUGAUAAAUUGUGCCCUCCGAGUAUUUCGAUUUGAAGCGCGGUUA